CAGCCGGCCCGGGAGCGGCUCAGCGGCUGCCCCCUGGAAGCCCUGGCCCAGGCGCGGGACUCGCACCAUGGCGCCGUGCGGGAGCGGCUGGCUGGCCAACGAGGGGAGCAAGCACCUCUGUCUGCUUUUCUGGCUCUCCCUGAAUGUGUGGCUCUUCUGGAAAACCUUCCUGCUGUAUUACCAUGGGCCGCAGUACUACUACUUACAUCAGAUGCUAGGUCUAGGAUUGUGUAUUAGCAGAGCUUCAGCAUCUGUCCUCAACCUGAACUGCAGCCUGGUCCUUUUACCGAUGUGCCGUAUUCUCCUGGCCUUCCUCCGAGGAUCUCAGAAGGUUGCCAGCAGGAAAACAAGAAGGCUGUUGGAUAAAAGUAAAACUUUCCAUGUAACAUGUGGUGUUACUAUAUGUGUCUUUUCAGUCUUACAUGUUGCCGCACACCUGGUGAAUGUCCUUAACUUCUCUGUAAACUAUACUGAAGAAUUUUUGGCACUAAAUGCAGCAAACUACCGCGGUGAGGACCCCAGGAAACUCCUUUUCACUACUGUUCCAGGACUGACUGGGGUCCUGAUGGUGUUAGUUUUAUUCCUAAUGUGCACAGCUUCUACAUAUGCUAUCAGGUUUUUGAACUACGAUAUCUUCUGGUACACACACAACCUUUUCUUUGUCUUCUAUGUGCUGCUGCUGGUGCACGUUUCUGGAGGAGUGCUUAAAUACCAGACUAACCUAGAGGAACACCCUCCUGGCUGCUUUCAUCCUAACGCAACUCUCCAAGAGGAUAUUCCAGUGCCAGGCACUUCUGAAGAGCCUUUUCCUGAAUACGCUCCUGAGCCUUUCCCAGCAGAACUGGAACCAUUUGUACAAAAUAAUUUUGUGAGAAUUUGCACUGAGGAACCCAAGUUCCAGUCGCACUUCCCAGAGACUUGGCUUUGGAUUUCUGGACCUUUGUGCUUAUAUUGUGCUGAAAGGCUCUUUCGCUAUAUCCGCAGUUACAAACCAGUCACGAUAACUUCAGUGAUAAGCCAUCCCUCUAAUGUCCUUGAACUACGAAUGAGGAAAGAAAACUUUAAAGCAAGGCCUGGUCAGUACAUUGUUCUGCACUGUCCAAGAGUGUCAGCAUUAGAAAGCCAUCCAUUUACGCUCACAAUGUGUCCUACAGAUACCAAAACAACAUUUGGGGUCCAUCUUAAAAUAGUGGGAGACUGGACAGAAAGAUUUCGAGAUUUACUGCUUCUCCAUUCAAGUCAGCACACAGAGAUUCUACCCAACUUUCAACAAAGGAAUUACCCCAAGCUAUACAUAGACGGUCCUUUCGGGAGCCCCUCUGAAGAAUCCUUGAAUUAUGAGGUUAGCCUCUGUGUGGCAGGAGGCAUUGGAGUAACUCCAUUCGCAUCAAUACUCAACACGCUGCUUGAUAACUGGCAAUGCUACAAGCUCAGAAGACUUUACUUUAUUUGGGUGUGCAGGGAAAUCCAGUCUUUUCGCUGGUUUGCAGAUUUGCUGUGUAUGCUGUAUAACAAGCUUUGGCAGGAAAACCGCCCAGACUACAUAAACAUCCAGCUGUACCUCAGUCAAACAGAUGGGAUACAGAAGAUAAUUGGUGAAAAAUACCAGGUCCUGAAUUCAAGGCUUUUGAUUGGACGACCUCGUUGGAAACUCCUUUUUGAUGAAAUAGCCAAGUGUAACAGACAGAAAACUGUUGGCGUUUUCUGUUGUGGACCAAAUGAAAUCUCCAAGGUACUCCACAAAUUGAGCAACAGCAGCAACUCCUACGGGACAAGGUUCGAAUACAAUAAAGAAUCCUUCAGCUGAAAGUCUUGGGACUAACAGGACUCUAUGGAAGAAAGAAGUGCAAUUAUUUUUUGUAAGACUUAAGAGUCAGAGCUUUGUACUAAGCAGAUACAAUAUACCAAAGAGUAGCAGGUUUUCUUAUUUAUGAUUAUUUAAAAUUCUGAAAUAGGGACACAGCAGAGUACCAAGUCACAUCAAGUGUUUAUGCUCAAAGCCAAAAGAUCUCAGAAAAUAUUUAUGAUGGUGGGGAUGAUUCAUUUAUCAGUCUGUAAAUUAAUUUAAAAAACGGAAACACACGGUUGCUUUUAUAGCUGAUUCAAGAACAAUCCAUGGAACAUCUGAAAUUUCUCCACUUCAGCUUGCUAACCUCAGUCCUCUAAAAUUGGGAUUGGUUAAACGAACACCAGAUUGAUCAGAAUUAAAAGUGCUCUGCAAGACAGAUGGUGCUCUUUACUGGCACACAAAUGAAAUGGCUUUGAAAUGGAGAAGCUCCAGGCCAAAAAUAUUAGAUGAUUUAAAUAUUGGAAGUUGGGAUUCUGUAUGUAAAAUAUAAAAGUUUAUUCUCCCUAGCCUACCUACAUACUGGAUAGCUGUCUGGUAGGGAUAUAUAUGGAGGGCUUACCCCAGUUUGAUACUGAAUGAGUUCACAAAAAGCGUAUGACUUAUGCACCUAGUGGGAAUUGGAUCAGGAAAAACAACUAGCAGGAGAAGGCAAGAUAGGAUAUUUCUGCUAUACCCCCAAGUCACCCUGGAAGUCACACUCACUUUGCACACACACACACACACACACACACACACACACACACACAAGGAUGAAUGAGUUCAAGCUGUCCUUUUUAGGUGCCUCUGCUGAUGAGUUUACAGCUCACGUACUCCAUAGUGACUCAAAUUGACUUCAGCCUCUCAACUGACUUGAGUGCAUUGAUGCUGAAUUACACCGAUAUAACUGAGAGGAGAAUUGGGGCAGAUGUGUCAUUUGCAUCACCAUUUAUAAUAUGGUAGGAAUUAGCCUCAAUUCUGUGACCCUUUAACUUGGGGUGUGCUAAUGGAAGCCUUGGCCAGGUCUACAGGAUUGUUGUUGUUUUUCUUUUCCCAGAGCUUCAGAACAUGAGCUCUUUCUCCUACCGUCCAUUUCCCAAUCUGUACAUAAUAAGUGGGAGGAAAUCAGAACCCACUGGUCCUGAGGAGCAACACUUACCAUAUCCCAUUGCCUUGGUCUCUUUUAUUUCUUCUUUAAUGCCCCAGUUCUGUUUCCUCAUAGUCAAGUUCUGCUCUGAGGAUAAAUAGGGCACUAAAGACGUACACAAUCGGGGAUCAGUAUAGUUCCAUUGAUUUUAAUAGAAUGUCAUUGAUUUUGAGUGGAUCUGGCCCUUAAUCUUCACCCACACCUCAAGAGCAUCACCUCUAGAAUGUUUGUGGCAUACCCUGAAGCAGGAGGGUCUCAGCGCCACUCAUAACUGUGACUCUUCCAUAUGUUAGCACUUUGAUUUAGUUUAUGGCUUUCAACUCACCCUUUUUUAUCACCUGGACUUUUUAAUUUUCAGCAUGCAGAAGUGGCCCUGCACUGGUGUCUGUUAAUAUCAAUGUCUGUAAUAAGAGGGGUGCAUUCUUUCAGUAGCUCAUAUAUUGGCUUGCUGCCUGUGUGACAAGUGAAAAUGAGGUUGGUCUCGGCUUUUGCAGCUGCUGCUCAGGAGACACCAUGACUGGAAUAGUUGGUCUGAAGGGCCUUGGCAGAGAGGUGAGGAGAAAAUUUCCUGGCACUUGUCUAUGCCAAAGAUAAACAAAUGCCACCAGCCCCUGACUCUACUCAGUUUGAAGUAAAUGGAAGGGGGAAAGUGGUUGUUUUCAGGUUGGCUGGGAUUUGCAAAGGAGCCUAAAGGAGUUAGGUGCCCAAAUCCCUUUGAAGUUCAGUGGCUGCCUAAAUCCCACUCAUUGAUUUUUGGGCCUAAUUCACUAAAUGAUUUGUAGAUUAAUAGAGUUUUAAGACAAGAAGGGACCAUUAUGGUCAGCUAGUCAGACCUUCUGUAGAUAGUUACUGCAAUGUAAAACUGCAGAAUCAGACCCUUUAUAUUAAUAAUGAAUAUUUCUAUUGCCAUCUGUAUUAGCUUAAAAUUAAAUGUAAUACAAUGCUGCCAGCAAUCUGUACAGCGAUGAGAUAUUGCCAUGCACAGGGGGGGUUUUGUGGCUAGUUUAUGACAAGUGAUAUCAUAACUGCAUCACCCCGUCUCAAAAAAGAUAUAUUGGAAUUGGAAAAGGUUCAGAAAAGGGCACCUAAAAUGAUUAGGGCUAUGAAACAGCUUCUAUAUGAGGAAAGAUUAAUAAGUUUGGGACUUUUCAGCUUAAAAAAGAAAGGACUAAGGGGGGAUAUGAUAGAGGUCUAUACAAUCAUGACUGGUGUGGAGAACGAAAUAAUAAAGUGUUAUUUACUCCUUCUCAUAACACAAGAACUAGGAGUCACCAAAUGAAAUUAAUAGGCAGCAGGUUUAAAACAAAAGGAAGUAUUUCGUCACACAAUGCACAGUCAGCCUGUGGAACUCUUUACCAGAGGACGUUGUGAAGGCCUAGACUAUAACAACAGGGUUCCAAAAAAAGAACUAGAUAAGUUCAUGGAGGACAGGUCCAUCAGUGACUGUUAGCCAGGAUGGGCAGGGAUGGUGUCCCUAGUCUCUGUUUGCCAGAAGUUGGGAAUGGGUAACAGAGGAUGGAUCAUUUGAUGAUUAUCUGUUCUGUUCAUUUCCUCUGGGGCACCUGGCAUUGGUCACUGUCGGAAAACAGGAUACUGGGCUAGAUAGACCAUUGGUCUGACUCAGUAUGGCCGUUCUUAUGUUCUUAUUUGUUAACCAGUGAGUCUCAAACUUUUUUACUGGUGACCUCUUUCACAUUGCAAGCCUCUGAGUGCAACCCUCUAAUAAAUUAAACACCCUUUUAAAUAUAUUUAACACCAUUAUAAAUGCUGGAGGCAUUUGGGGUGGAGGUUGACAGCUCAUGACCCCCCCAUGUAAUGACCUCACAACCCCCUGAGGGGUCCCGACCCCCAGUUUGAGAAUCCCUGUGUUAACCACAAGUGCAGAUAUAAUGAUCUUUAUUCUGUUGCUUUAGCUUCUCUAGCAACUACCUAUAAAAAUGUUUAUGGUUGCUUGCUUUCUCUCUGGUAUAUAGCUGUUCUGUUAACAUACAAAGAGCAAACACUUUUCUAGGUUGUAUAGCUUGACACAACUCAAAUAUAAGUGAUGCCUUAUAACUAAAAGAAUAAUGAACUCUCCUCUUAAUCCAAAUGAUAGGAGGAGCUGGUACUGUCCUUAUGAAUUUUAGAAGACUAGUAUAUAGCUAGGGAGGGUUGACAGAACAGGGGAUAAAUAGUUAGAACCCUUGGCUUCAACUUCCAUUUAAGGCAUUGGCUUUUCUGAUCUUGGGGGCCAUCACUUUGCCUUCCUGUAUCUUAGUUUGCCCAUCUAUAAAAUGGGAUUAAUACCAUCUACCUCAGAGGGGUUUUGUUAGGCUUACUUGAUGUUUUUGAACCACUUUGGCAGUGCUACAACAAAAGUUGCUUUUGUCUUUAUUUGCAUUAUUAUUUUUUGUGGUGCUCUGAAUCCUGGAUCUUUCAGAAUUGCUCAGGUCUGAGUACUCUCUCUACAUUGUGGAGUGAAUUGAAGAGGCUCAAAGCCUGAAUUACUUUGCUUUCCUUGAGGCAUGCUUUUUACAGCAGCAAAAAGAUUAAGAGCUGGGGAUUUUGACACUGAAAUCUUGCCUUGUUGACUUCAGUAGCAGCAAAUGUUAUUGACAAAUAGACCCUUCUGGAGGCUGCACUACACGCAGUGCUUUUGAGUGUACAGACUGGCAAAAAAACAGUGUAGUGCCCUUCUACUACACAGCAUUUUCACCCCUAGACAAAGAAGAUAGAAAAAUAAAUGCCAGGAAAGUGAGUGCUUAAUUCCACAUUUACAGAUCAACCAGAUUUACAUAACUGAACGUCUCUUUGCGCUUUGAAACUUGCCAUAUAAGCCAGGCCAUCAGGAACUCCAUACUGUUAGGGAGAAUUCCUCUGGGUAUUGUACCAUUUCUUGCUUGAUACUACACAAAGGUUUUUACAGGAGGUGCCUUUCUCUGCCUUAUGUGUCACCAAUCUUUCAGUGCUUUUAUUUUUGUGCAUUGAAAAUGGCACGAACUCCUCUCAUCCCAUGAUUGAAGCCACCCCCACUGUCUUGUGUGACAUUCUGCCCUCUCUAACAACCCCUGAGGAGUUGGACUUGGUGCAGGAGACUAGUGCAGCAUUUACGUUGGCGGGUGCUGACUCUGACAAGCAGUCACAGUAAAGUCAUUGGGACUACUCAUGUGAGUAAGUGCUUGCCAUUUGGCACUAAGGAUUGCAUAACUGAGCCUGAAUGGAGACAAUUGGGGACUGGGUAGGGUUGGCAAAGGAUGAUAUCCAUUCCCACCAUUUGCAGGCACAUUCCUGAGUUGCACUGCCACACCUCUGGGGCCAUUAUUUCAGUCCAUGUGCUGGUAGAAAGUGCUGCUUCUUCUACAGGAGAAUUAGGGUUGUAGGAUCUGGAUAGUCAAUGUCCUAUGGCCCCUUUCUUGGCCUUCCCAUAAAUCUCCCUUUGCAGCAGCCUAUUUGGGGCCAGCAUGGAGACCCCUUCUAUAGCACACAGGAUGUGCAGCUGCACAUGCCAUCUCCACCACAAUCCCACUACGUACGUUUUGUAGUGAUCCUUGCGUGUGGGCUUUUUGCAGCAUGGCUGAGUUUCAGCCCUCAUGCUCAAUGAGGUAAACCUCAGGGAGGGAGAAGCACCUAAGGUCAACAUUGGCAUAAGAACAAAGGGCUGUCAACCAGCCAUGAUUACAUUCAGGCUGGAAAUUAGAAGAAGGUUUCUCACCAUCAGAGGAGUGAGGUUCUGGAACGGCCUCCCAAUAAGAGAAGCUGGGGCAAGAAACCUAACUGGCUUUAAGAUGGAAGUUGAUAAAUUUAUGAACGGGAUUAUAUGAUGGGGUUUCCUGCAGUAGCAGGGGACUGGACUGGAUGGCCUGGGAAGUCCCUUCCAGUCCUAUGUUAUGUUGAUGAUUUUCAUGUCUCAUGUUAGUAGACAUGCCACACCAGAGGCCAGUUCUGAUCUCAUGCUGACAUAACCCGUGGGCUUCACUGCAAUACCUCUAGAUUCACAUCCAGCACAAACAAGAACAGAAUUCAUUCCAGGGCUUUAAAUACUACUAGCAUGUGAAUGGGAGGAGAAUGGCCGACUAGGAGUUGGCUGGGAAGGUGUAAAUAGUGAGCAUGACAGGCUGACUGCUUGGGAAGCUGUAAUUCUAUUCCCAUUUAAAAAAUACAUCACAGGAGUAAUGGUUUAGGAAGAGGUUUGUUCUCCGAGCUAAAAACCCUGCAUUCAGAGAGAGCCAGCCCACCGGGCUGUGGUUUUAAACAGUAAGACAUUGUUUGAAGAAGCCUGCAGGAGGCUAACAAGUUGAUGCCAGUAGCAGGCAAGGAGUAAGAAGACACAGCUAUUAAAAAGCAAGGUUUACUUGUAAUGAAAUAACUGGUAUGAGGAUUAAUUUCUACCUCAGCUGAGCAGUUAUUUCAUAUGCAUAUCAGCAUGAUUUAAGAAAAAGCUGGAUCUGCUCCUCUGUAGAUUAUACAUCCCAUUUUACUACCAUUUUUUUCACAGAGGCAAUAUUUUUAAAAGAGUAAAGAUUGGAAGCUCAUAAAAAUAUUUCAGGCUUGCAAGCUGAACUGACCUUUACUGUAAUGGAAGUGCAUCUUGCAUGGGUACAUAUAUUCCAACUGGAGAGUUUCCACCGUGCUCUGAAUUUUAAUAUCAAGUCUGAAUCUCCUCUUCUGCUGGUGGAAAUCAAGAGUAAUAACGUGCAUUGGGGCUACUGUGAAGUUGCACUGGUGUAAGAGCAUGUCACUAAGAUGAGACUCUUUGGUCCCCAAUAUGAGCCUGAUUUGUCAAGGAGCUGAGCAAAUCCUGGAAGUUUUAAGGAUUCUCCAGUAAAGCUGGGGGUGCUCAGUGCCAUGAGUUGGUCAGAGUCGGCCCUACGACACCUUUCAGUGGCUCAACAUGUGCAAUGCAUUGUCAUACCCAAAGGUUUAAAGCAACAAAGGCCAUUUCUUCAAGUGCUUAUAUUAAUGUAUGUUGAUUAAUAAUUAAUCACUAUUGUAUUAUCACAUUACCUACCUUGUAGCACUGAGGGGAGCAGUUACAGUAUCACAGAAAUCCAUCACGUAAUGUGCCAAGUACAUUAUGGCCCACUUCUGAACAUCUGGGCUGGCUUAGACUUGCUGGGGCCCGGGGCCAAGGCCCAAGGUUUAGGUUACAGGCCCCCUGCCUGGGUGGAAGCCCUUGAGCUUUUGUCCCUCUGCCCAGGGUGGUGGGGUUCAGGGUCAGGCUUUGGAGCCCCCACCCAGGGCAGCGGGGCUCAGGUGGGCUCAGGCUUCCGUCCCCCUUCCUGGGGACUUGUAGUAAUUUUUGUUGUCAGAAGGGGGUCUUGGUACAAUGAAGUUUGAAAACCCCUGCUCUAGAUACAUACCAUUAUAAUGGGGGAGGUGCGGAAAGCAACAAAUCAAAUGACAGCCUGGCUUUUAGCAGAGACCUUGAAAGUCUGAGCACAGGACCAUGUCAAAUUUCAAUAAAAUCACCCACACACAACAUAAGUGCCUUCCUCUAUGCCUCCUGUCAAAAUCUUCCUAUCCUCCAACCCUAGAUGUACCCUUUUGCCUGGUGAUUUGUAAUAUUCUGACCCAGGGCAGGGGGAGAAGCCAUGAGAAGAUCCUGAAGCUGCGGGUAAAUGGUGUCAUAAUAUAUUAAUCCAAAGAUCCUUCAAGAAAAAGCUCUAGCUAGAGGGGAGGGAGGAAGGAUAUUUUCCUCAAAUGGAGUAGAUAGGAAAUAUUUAGAGCCAGGGAGCAGCCACGAUGCAGAAGGGAAAUUUUCCCUGGUUUACCAGAACCCAUAGGAAUCAUUCCCAUUGUCAAAUAAGGUGCAGAUAUAUUAUCGCAAUGAUUCUGAACUAAUGGUUGCAAAGAAAAACC